AACUACAGUACGACAAUGUCAAAAUACAUUGUGACUUGUACUGCGUCACUGAUUGGACGCUCGCCGCCAAAAAAAAGUUUGUGAUUUAAAAAGUGAAAAUGUUGUCUAUGUUAUAUUUGAUGUGCGCGCCAAUUAUAUUUGAAUCAGUGACAUCAAUGUACAGUAAUAAAGCUUUGGAGGGUUACCCUUCAGGAUAUUUGGCUGAAUGUCCGGGUUCAACCAAACCAGCCAUCAUCACGAACAAAAGUCUGAAGUACCUGACAAUCACGGUCUCCGGAGCCAAUCCAAACGUCCCACAGAUGCGAAAGAAGUACAACUACUUCCAAAUGAAGGAGAUGUCUAAAGAUCCCACUAUGGACUAUAGCAAGAGGACUAUGUUAUAUGUUGGUGGGUUCUUGGACAGCCCAAACUUCCCCUUUGCAAGAACAAUUGAGAUAUAUUACAAAAGAUUAGGUUUUAACGUGUGGCUGCUUGAUGUUAAUAGAUUCACUACUAUGGAAUAUCCAGCGUCAGCACGAGCAACACGAGCAGUUGGCAAAGCUGUUGGUGACAUGUUGGCAAACUUGACAGCUAUGGAUGUCGGCUUUGACCCCAAGAACUUCGAAAUCCUAGGGGCCAGUCUUGGGGGGCAAACCAUGGGCUUCAUAGCCAAGAGAUACAAAGCUUUAACAGGCGUUAAAAUAGACAAAUUAACUGGUAUAGAUACAACAGGUAUAUGUUUCAGAAGAAAUGGUCCAGAUGAUAGACUAGACACAGAUGACGCUGACUUUAUAACUCUUCUAGUCACUAAUAUGGAUGUCUAUGGCAUGGCCAUGCCUGUUGGUCAUGUUAAUUUCUACGUAAACGGUGGAGAAAACCAAGCGGCAGCUAUAGUUUGGACGAAAUGCGAUGAAUUGUGCGGUCACACAAGAGCAUAUUUUAUAUGGCUUGCAGCUUUAGAGAAUCCAAAUAGUUUUAUUGCAGUUAAAUGUAAUUCCUUACAACAAGUCAGAGAUGGCGAUUGCUUCGGUAAUAAGCCUAGAAUUACAAAUAAUUUAGGUUUGAAAACUGAUAGGUCGAAACCGGGUAUAUAUUAUUUGUCAACGACCAACAAAUUUCCUUACUUCAUGGGGGUUAAGGGAUUGAAAAAGGGUAGUGAUACGUUCUCAACAUUGGAAGCUAAAGCAAAUGCUCUAGAUUUAAUCAUAGUUUAACUAAUUUAUAACUGUAGUUGAAAGUUAAUUUAUUUUGCUAUGAGCUGUGUUGAUGUGAGAUGUGUGAUGUUUUUAUCUGUUUAACAAUAAAACUAAUUAUAUCAAUAGCGAGUAUUCGUAUUGUUAAAUAAAUAACUGUAAUUUGUUUUUAUCAAUUAUGGAGCAUGGAGCAAUCCCUUACACAAUACUACAUUAAAAUUUCAAAUAAAAAAAAUUACAGACCAGACUAUACCUAUAGACUAUUAAUAAAAUGUACAAAUUAAUAUUUUUUUGUAAUAAUAUUUUAACAUAUAAUUUUGUUAAAAGCAUAUGCAAUUAUCAAGACUGGGUAAGUAGAAAUCCGUAGCGAGCUACUUCCGUAGAAAACAGAUGUAUAAAAUGUGUGUUGUGUGUGUGUAUUUGUGACAUGUCGAUUAUGUCCCGAUUUCUGUUCAAAAUUUGUAACACCCAUUAUUUGUUUUAAAUUUCUUAGUUGACUUAGCAAUGUCCAAAGAUAAUAGCUUAACCCCCUUAUUAAUAAAAACGUUAUCCUCUGAUUAGCCUCUGAAUUCUUCUAUUGUCUCAUUAUUUCAAUGUCAAAUACUGAAAAGAGAGAGAGGGACAAUAUAAAGAAAAUCUACUCCAAGCCUAAUCAGAGAACUAAAUUUUUAUUAAUAAAGCGGUAAGUGUUUAUACACUUACCGCUACAGCUACAGCUUAAAGUGUGUAAUAUAAUGUAGCUGUGACAGCAGACUGAACCGAAACAUUUGGAAUAUGAGCGAUACGUACAGACAUAUAAUUUGUUUAGCACACUGCAAAUCGUGGAACAACCAAAAACGAUCGGCCAAAUUGGCCGAUCGUCGAUUGAUGUUAGCAACUAGGGCUGCGUCUUCGGGUGGCGCGGACGCUGUAGUAUUUAGGUUUCUGGAUGAUAUUCUCUUUCACUGGACGCUUAAAUGCCACGUACCUCCCCAUUACCAGCGAACUCAGACAGAUGCCGCCUCGAAUGAACUUACAUUGCGUGGAUUAUGUGAGUUUUUUUUACCGUAAGGAAACAACAGCAAUGUACGUGAAAAUCACCUAAGUUUGGCGCACUAUUUGCCAAUAGUAAGGAGCUGGUAUAAAUGAAACUUCAUGUUUAGAGAUACAGGCAUCAUUGAGCUUACAAUUCAUAGCUGUACUCUUCCAGAUGAAAUACUAAUUUUAUCAGUGUUUUUUGUUGAAAUAAAUCGUUCCGGUGAAAAAUAUCUUCGAAUAAAUGUUUUAAUUUUACCGUU